GUAAGGAGAUGUCAAAAAAAUCAUCGUCCAAAAUAGAUGAAGAGGGCAUACAAGUGGCAGUCUGCAGGUCUUAUUGUGUAAACAGAUCAUUAAAAAUAUUGUCCUCUUGUGCAUCAGACACGGGAUAUUGCUUCGUGGACUGAACCACUACCGUGGCGAGGUCUUUGCCUACCCAAUGUUUUUACAGAAGGAAUUGUCAGAGAGGGCCAAUGUCACUUUCUUCUGCAUGGAUGUUGUCUGCAGGUACUGGCCAUACCUAAGCAAAGUGACUGAAGAAUCAUCCGAUCUUCAACCACUGAUGGAAAUGAGGCCAUUUCUCAGUGUGAUGCAUGCCAAAGCUCAUACAGCAAAAUGCGAGGUGAGAUGGGGCGGUAGGAAUCAGGAUGGAGCAGGGAACACUGUUGGAGAGGAAGUUGAGCAAGUAAACAGCUUUCUCUCCAGGGCUGCUCUUGUCACAAAGUACAUGACAAAGGCAGGGAGAGAGAAUAUGCUCACGCAACAGGCCAAGGGGUGGAACAGAAAAAAGACAGAGAACCUUCAUAAAGUCUUAGCCUGCAGAUACAUCAAAAUUUCCGAGAAGGUAAAGCUGGAAGUUGCCAGCUUCAGUGAUUUCCGCCAGAAGAAUGACAUCACUGAACAAACAGCACAGCAGUGGGUGUGUGAUGUUCAGCAGUGGGCAGUCACAGAGCCAGGGAGCACAGCAGAACAGGGAGCAACAGAGGAUCUCAGGGUUGAGAUAGAGAGCAUCAUAGUGGCUCUGCUACGCAAGAAGCAGGACCUCUAUCGUCAGCAUGAUAGCAACCAGACAAGACAGAGAAAAAGAAGAAAAAUAAGAGAAUUAAAAAAAAAAAUGAAACAAAAGAUUCAGCUGUACAAUGCUAUUGCAGAAGAUACAAUUGAUGAGGAGUUGGCCUCAAAUUCGACAGAGGACUACAUCCUGCCUUGGGAGAGACGUGAGGAUGGUCACUCCUUCAGGUUAAAACGGUCUGUUUUUGACCAAAUUAUGCUAAUUAGACGCCUUGAGGAGGAGCAGAGCAUCCUGGUUAAGGAGAUGUCUCAGCACAUCACAUCUCUCCGUAAGGAGAUAAAGGGAGUGGAGAAGCUGAAAGAGAACAUCAGAAUGGGCUAUUUUGGUGACUUGUCAGAGGAUGCUGCAGCUGGUUUCAAAAGUGUCCUCAUGCGGAGGUCUUAUGCACUGGAGAGUUUAUGCCAACAAGCUGUGAGCACGUAUAGUGCUAUAGUUGAUGACCUCCAGAUACAGGACACAGAAUGCAGAUCGGACACUGAUGACGAAUAUAACCUUAGCAGUCCAGAGUCAGAAGAAGAUUAGAAAGGAGACCACUCUGUUUUGUUUUGUUUUGUUUUUAAAAUCUGCUGAUCCUUUCUUUUUCAACUUCAACAAUUUCCAGCUUGUCUUCAACAACCUCCAGCAAGCAAUAAUUUAUCGCUGCAGAAUGGCCAGACUCUGGCCACCUUUUAUUACCAGGCUAACCCCCAAGCUAUCAGACAUGUAAAUAUGCACUAACCCUAUGAUAAUUCAGUUAUCAACAUUAGGUGUUGUUAAUUGUGAAAUUAUUUUGCACUGCAACUUCAUAUACUUCAAUCAUGAGUCUGUAAUAUAAUUGCAAUAUCGAUUGAAUGGAUUGGCCCUCUGGGUGGACUGUUUUAUGCAUUCUGGACUGUGACAUUUCAACCUCAACUUUAGCACUUAAAGGACAAUAGGGAGCUCAUUUAUGCUCUAUUGAAUUUUCUUGUGUGUCAGAUGUGUGUUGUGGUACAUGUGAGCACACAAAGAUAGAUUUCUUCAACUGGAAAUGGCUACAAUAAACUUGAAUGAAUUUGAAAAUGUAAAUAAUUUGUGAUUGUAAAAA